AUGGUAUACCUCCCUUCCAGGAGGAAGUAUACACAACUUUGCCUAACUGGAAGAGAAGUUCCUAGGCCACUUUGUAGCUUCCAGAAGGCAGGAGAAAUCAAAUUUUCAUCUACUCAGCAUCACGCAAUUGGAAGGGGAGUCCAUAUCAUCCUAUCUAAAAAAGCCCAUGAUCCUAAAAGACGGAGGUCUGAUAAAAAGGACCCCAUUACCAAUCACCCCUCAAGGAACAGAGAAGAACAGCCAUCAAGGAGGGAAAGAAACUACAUGCCGCGUCGUCAGGAACCCCCGUCAGAUAUGGGACCCCCACGACCCCGUCACGUAUAUGUCACUGAAGGGGAGCCCAGGACGAGGAAUCUGUUAGAUGGAGGCAAUGAUCCGCUGUUCAACCGGAAUAGGAAGGACAUAUUCUUCGCCAUCAGAGAUCAAUUGCCAACUCCACCUCCUACGGCUACCCCCUCUGGUAGGCGCAACUACAAUCUGUGGUGUGAUUACCACAAAGAGCAUGGCCACACUUUGGCCCAAUGCCGCGAACUCAACCGUAUCCUCCACCAAUUGGCGGACGAAGGAAAGUUGUCCAGGUUCAUCAACCGAAAGGACUACGACACUAGAAAGGAAGUAGAAAGAAGGCCAUGGAAUCCAAGAAGCAGAUCCCCCAAGAGGGAUGAGGCCAGGCGCGAAAGUUCCAACACUCAAGGAACUAUUAACAUGAUUUUCGGAGGAUAUACGGAAGAAUAUCCUACCAUCCACGCAGCGAGAGAUAGCGUCCACACUCUACUAAAAGGGCCCCCGAAGGCCUCAACAAGUGGGCCGAUCAUGAAUCAAAAGGGUACUCAUGGACACCGGGAGCACGGCCGAUCUCAUAACAAUGGAGUGCUUAAGAAAGAUAAGUUCGAAGAAAAGCACUUGCAACCCCUAGACAAGCCGCUGAUUGGGUUUGGGGGAAGUCAAGUUAUUCCACUGGGCACGAUCAUCCUCCCCGUGCGGGUGGGAGAAAGAAAUGAAAGCAGAACCAUGCCCAUACGAUUCACGGUGGUGGAUCUCACCUUUCCCUACAACGCUAUCAUGGGGCUCCCGCUGAUCAACAAAAUCAAAGCCGCGAUUUUUCCCCAUCAACUCUUGCUACAAUUCGAGCGGGAUGAUGGACAGGUAGGAAUCCUCAAAGGGGAUCAGGUGACGGCACGCCAAUGCCUCAUCAACACCUUAAAGCGAGGAACUUCCUCCACCCCCUCUAAAAGGGAAAGGGAAGAGCAGUCACCUAGCGUCAUGAGCGUGUACCUAGAGAGCUCCAACACGCAAGAAAGGCCUCGCCCCGUAGAACGAUACGAAGAGGUGGACAUAUUCGGAGGAAAAUGCAUCAAAAUAGGCAAGGAUCUCCCUGCCCCUAUUAGGCAAGAUAUCGUUGCCACCCUCACCGAGUUCCGCGACGUCUUCGCUUUUUCCACGGAAGAGAUGCCUGGUAUCCCUACAAGCGUCAUGUGCCAUAAACUUGACAUAAAACCAGGCUACAAACCCGUGAAGCAAAAGCUGCGACAUCAAGGAAAAGAGCGGAUAGAGGCCGCCCGAGAGGAAGUGGAGAAAUUUCUGAGAGCGGGAUUCAUCAAAGAAUGCAAGUACUCCGACUGGCUCUCAAACGUCGUCCUCGUGAAAAAAGCAAACGGCAAGUGGAGGAUGUGCGUCGACUUCACGGACCUGAAUAAAGCCUGCCCCAAGGACGAUUAUCCUCUUCCUAUGAUUGAUCGUCUGGUUGAUUCCACGGCAGGCCACGCUCUACUGAGUUUCAUGGAUGUAAACGCCGGCUACCAUCAGAUCCCUUUGGCCAUAGAGGACCAGCCACAUACGGCCUUCAUCACAAAUGUCGGAGUAUACUGUUACAAGGUUAUGCCCUUCGGGCUAAAGAAUGCUGGAGCUACCUACCAGAGAAUGGUCAAUAAGGUCUUCCAAUCUCAAAUAGGCCGAAAUUUGGAAGUAUACGUGGAUGAUAUGAUCACUAAAAGCAAACAAGCGUCACAACAUGCCGCGGACUUACGCGAAACAUUCAACACCCUCCGGAAACAUCAAAUGAGACUCAACCCUGAAAAGUGCGUGUUUGGGGUCACCGGUGGGAAAUGCCUUGGUUUCCUCGUUGACGAAAGAGGAAUAGAAGCUAACCCUGAUAAGAUAAAGGCAAUCCGGGACAUGAAGUCCCCAAGAUCUGUAAAAGAAGUUCAAAAGCUAACAGGAUGUAUAGCUGCCUUGGGGAGGUUUUUGUCCAAAUCCGCGGAUAGAUGUUCGCCCUUCUUCAAAACCCUUAAGCAGAGCAAGGUCGAAUGGACAAAAGAAGCCGAGGAAUCCUUCCAGCAGUUGAAAGAGCAUUUGUCUUCUUUGCCGAAAUUAGUAUCGCCCAUCAAAGGGGAGAAGCUAGUCCUAUAUGUCUCUAUCUCCGAAUACUCGUUAUCCGGAGUACUAGUAGCGGAAAGAGAAAAGAAACAGCUUCCAAUAUACUAUGUGAGUCAUGCAUUCCGGGGCUCAGAGGGGAACUACUGCGAAGUGGAAAAGAUUCUGGAAGGGAAAAAUAAGUCAAGCCGCGUUACAGAUUGGGCAAACCAGCUAGCAGAUUUCGGAAUCGAGUAUGAGCCUCGUACAGCAGUCAAAGCCCAGGCUCUGGCCGACUUCAUUGCCGAAAGUACUCUUCCCCAUCAUCCUGAACCCAAUCAAGAAUGGAAGUUGUAUGUAGAUGGGUCCUCGACACAAUUAGCAAGUGGGGCUGGACUCCUCAUUGAAUCGUCCGCCGGGGUUCGUAUGGAAAGGGCGGUAAGAUUCGAGUUCGCGGCGUCCAACAAUGAGGCUGAAUAUGAAGCAUUAUUGAUGGGGCUGAAAAUCUGCUACGAGGCAGGGGGUAAAAUAUUGUCCGCAUUUUCUGACUCCCAACUAAUAGUUGGACAAGUAAAUGGAGAAUUCGAGGCGAAAGAUGAAAGCAUGAAAAUGUACUUACAGCAAGUAAAGGAAUUUGUUCAGAAAUUCGACAAAUUCACUUUGGUCCAUAUUCCAAGAUCCCAAAAUGCACAAGCCGAUUCUUUGGCAAAGCUAGCUAGCUCAGCUGAAACAUCCGCGGCUCGCGACAUCAUCUGGGAAGUACUUCCAAACCCCAGUAUCAAUCUCAUGGUCAACACCAUUGAUAGAUCAGAGAUGUGGAUGGAUCCCUACAUCAAGUUCUUGCAGGAUCAGACGCUUCCCCAAGAUGAAAAUCAGGCAAGAAUGGUCCAGAAAAAGGCCAGAUGUCUCAUUGUUGAAGUUCGGUUUGAUGCACUAUCUAAAGGAUUAGAUGACCCGUAG